AUGAAAUCAUGGCUGGCAGUCAGAGUGGCCACUACAGCUCUCUGCAGCAGACCCUCUUCCCAGGCUAGACAGCUCAGCCUUUGCCAGAGCGGUUGUCUGCCCUCAGUGCAGGGGGAGAGUUCAGCGGAGGGACCUGGCGCCAAACAGGCAGCUGGCCAACUUCAUGGAGAUCGCCAGAGAGCUGAAGGUGCAAGAGGAGGAAAGAGGAGGGGGUGGCGUUUCUGCGAGGGGCACCAGGAGCCCCUGAAGCUCUUCUGCAAGGAGGACGAAGCCCCCAUCUGCCUGGUAUGCGGCAGAUCCAAGGAGCGCCGAGCUCACGACGUGGUUCCUGUGGAGGAGGCUGCCCUGGAGUACAAGGGAUGGGUCAGUAGCAGCCUGGAGAAUGUGAGGAAGGAGAAAGAGAAAGCUCUGCAGUCUAAAGCAGAAAGAGAAAGCCUAGCCUUGCUUACAAAAACAAGAGCAGAGAAGGAGAAGACAGUGGCUGAGUUCAAAAAACUCCAUCAGUUUCUGAAGACACAAGAGAAACUUUUGCUGGCCCAGAUCGAAGAGCUGGAGAAUCAACUUGAAAGAGAAAGAGCUGCACACAUGGACGAACUCCCUGAGGAGCUCUCCUCUCUGGAAAGGACCAUCCGGGAGAUGGAGGAAGAGUGUCAGCCACCAGAUGUUAAAAGCAACUUGCAGAGUUGUGAGAAGGAGCCAUCUGAGAAUCCAUCGACCUUUUCUCCUGCCCUGAAGUGGAAGAUGUGGGAAUGCCUUGAUAUAAAUCCCUUUCUGGAGGGCAUCAUGAAGCAGUUCAAAGAUGCUCUGGAAUCUGGACUUCAGCCGCAGAAAGAUACAUGUUGGAGACUGGUGGAGGACCAAAUUCAAAGCAGGGAGGGAACAUGUCUUAAAGCUUGUCUGCUUGCAUUUUAUUGGAGCUCUGGAACCACAAAUGAGUCAGCUAGGGGAAUGGGAAAGAAGAAUGAGGAAGGCGUUCCAUGCCAAAAACACCCUGGGUUUUUAACCUUAUUCCUUAGAACUACACUUCUAGAUCAGCCCAAUGUCCAUAUCAUCAGAUGGUGGCCAGGCAGGUGUUUGUAUGAAGUUCUCAGGCGGGGCAAGAAAGUUACAACCCAACCCUGUUGCUUAUCACCAACAUAUUUGUAUUAAGUCAGAGGCAGGCUUUUAUGUUUCCAUAUCUAGAUCUACCAUAGUCGAUGAACCAGGCCCACAAAGUUUGGCCAUUGAUACUAUCUCUGGGGCAAAUGUUCAUAGUGAUUUUUGGCAACAUCUACCCCCCUAAAAAUGGAAAAGAGGUGUUAGCCUUGUUGCAUUUGCUGCUUUCUCUGUGUUAUCACCGCUUCUUUAUCUCUGUCCCCAAAUGAUUAGGGUAAAGUUCCAGUCAUUUUUGCGCUGAGGAAAGAGUUAGGGUAACAAUGAACAAAUUAUUAUACUCUCUCCAUGGAGUAAUCUUUGGAGGACAUUCCUGCCAAUUUUCAUUUCCAUUUUUCUAACAACCUCAGUAAAAUUUUAUAGUAGUUUUUGUGUUCUUAAAAUUUAAGAGCUUUUAAAACACCAUUGCAAAUUUGGCCACUGAAGGCCUAAUGCUCAGAACAAUAAAGGCAUAACACCCUGAAAUUUGAAAAUAUUGCAGUGCUACCACCUUUUUUACAUCUCUAGUAGUGGGGACACCUGAUUGUCAAAAACUGCAGUGAGCAUUUCCCCUUUUAUUUAUUUAUUUUAUCAUAUUUUAGUCUAUUUUAUUGUGUUUAACUGACUUGGAAAAAACCCCAACUGUAUCUGGAAGCCACUCUGGAUGCAGAUAAAAAGGUGCAGUAUACUUUUAAAUCAGGCUUGAGAAGAUUCAAGGCUUCUAGGACCUUUUGCUUUAUAUUAUUAUUAUGCUGUUUACACACAGUCUAUCAGAUGUUAUUGACUGGAUUUGGUACUUUAAUUAUCGGGCCCUUUCCAAGGGUCUAGGAUAACCAAAGGAAAAUUAAAGAUAGCAUCGUAGUAUU